AGUGGAAAGCACUUAUAUAGGAUUCUAGGCAUGCUUACCGAGCGAUUGAAUUGUCUAAUUUAUAUCGUGCAUUUGAUACAUGUACUAACUAGUAACUUUCUAUUAAAUUUUAAUUUCAACGAUGUAUUCAAAGAAUAAUGUACUAAAUUGAUACAAUAUGCAUCAAAAUGAUUAAUUAUGUAUGUAUUACACUAGUGCUUGUACUUCUUACACUGACUCCAGAUCUAUGGCAGACAGAAACCUGGCAAUAGUACAUAUGUGCGUGAUAACAUAAUAAUAACGUAAUACUAUAAUUUUUCUUUCAUACACCUCUUGCAAAGUAAUUCUACAGACAAGCAGUGAAAGGACCAUGGAAUGUAACGUAAAUAAAGGAAACGAUGUCAGCAUGGAUGUGAUUGAAAAAAUUGCAAUGGAAGUGCAACUUGAAAAAUCGACUGCCGAUGACAAUCUGGCUGUUAGUGGGAAUAGUAAUGUAGCAUCAGUAAUAAUAGAAGAAUUGGAUGAAAAUGCUAUCAAUUCAAUGGAUAUGGAUAUAAAUGAAUUUGUCGAAGCAAAAGCAUUACAGAUAAGAGAUGUAACAGAUGUUAUUCCAAAUUCUACAUUCUCUCCGUCAUGUAAUUUUAACAAGGGUAACAUGGACAUGGAAGAUCAGGAUAUGUCGUUAACUAUCGACGAAGAAGAUCAGUUAACAAAGCAGUUUUUAAAUGGCGAGUUAACAUUCAGUGAGUAUUCAUCCAGAAUGGAUCAGGAUACAGAUUUAGAGAUGAUAGAAAAUGAUACCUCCAGAACAACAAGUGGAUUUGAUCAUAUUACUGUACAAAAAGGUGUGGAACAAAAGCAGCAUAAAACAAUUAAUGUGCGUCAAAAAAAGAAAAGGCGUAUUUUACCACCAGUUUUGCAAGGACUUAUGGGAGAGGCGAAUUUGAGAUUCGCAAAGGGAGAGGUAGAUUUAGCAGCUAAAAUAUGCAUGGAGAUCAUUAGACAAGUACCAAGUGCUCCAGAACCAUUUCAGACGUUAGCUAUGAUAUAUGAAAAUGAUCAACCAGAAAAGUCAUUGCAAUUUGCUUUAAUUGCUGCGCAUCUUAGUCCUAAAGAUGCUGAUCAGUGGGUAAGAUUGGCUAACUUGUCAUUGGAAAGUGGCGAUAUAAAGCAAGCGAUAACGUGUUACUCUAAAGCGAUUCAAGCCAGUCCAAAGGACAUAAGUUUAUAUGAGACACGAGCACAGCUUCAAGAACAAAAUGGUGAUAAAAAAGCAUAUUUGCGGGGAUAUACAAAGCUGAUUCAUCAAUUGGAAGUCGAGGAUGGUGAAUAUAUAAUGAAAUAUGCAAAGAUGUUAGCCAAACGUUAUAUGCAAGAAGAUAACAAUGAACAAGCAUUGGAAGCAGUAGAGAUUAUCUUUGUCAAAUGUCCUGAUCUCAUUACAUUAGAAGAAGUUAAUAUCAUGACUGAAUUAUUAAUAGCGCUAAAGCAAUUUCAGAGAUGUUUAGAUAUAUUAGUAAAGUAUACAAAUAUUCAGAUACGAUAUAAGAAUAAUGAGGAAAAAGAAGAAAGAAUAGCGGCCAACGAUGCAAAGGCCGACAAGGAAGAAGAGUGUAGUAAUGCAAAACGAAAAGCAGUGUCCCCGACAUGGAGAAGCCAAAAUAGUGACGAAAUAGAGUCUUGCAAUGUACCAGACAACGUGGUUGUUGACUUAAAGGCAAAAUUUCUCAUAAUUCUCAUUGAAUUGGAUUAUAUUUCAAUUGCUGAAAAAUUGUUACCAAACUUUUAUAUGCGCGAAAAUCCAGAGAUUUCUGGAGAUCUCUUUUUAGAUGUAGCGGAAGCACUGAUGAGCAAGAAAGAAUUUCAUCGCGCUAUGAUUUUAUUGGAUCCGUUAGUCAAAAGCUCGAAUUUUAGUUUGGCUGCAGUUUGGCUGAGACAUGCCGAAUGUUGGGUUGGUUGUAAUGAUGUGGAUAAAGCUAUAGAAUCUUACGAAACUGUUCGAAAGUUGUCACCACAGCAUUUAGGCGCAAGAUUAGCUCUAGCUAAACUUUAUAAAAAGUCAGAACGUUACGAUAAGGCGAUACAAGUUCUCUACCAAGAUCCCGAAUCCGAUACAUUAGAUUCUGACGUUCUGUAUCAAAGAACGCUAUUACUUUUUAAAGUUGGAAGAUAUGAGGAAUACUUUUCCUCGGGAAUGUUACUUCUCUCACGACAUUGUGUUAAUAUAAGAAGAAAGGUUGAAUUAAACGCAUUGGCACGCGCAACGGGUGUUCGGCAACGGCUUGACAGCCUACAACUUCGUCGUUUAUCAUGCGGAGAAAAGUUAGAAGAUGAAAACGCGCCAACGUUUACUACUAAUGCAAGACCGAGUGAAAAAAAUGAAUUUCUACUUUUCCUACAAAUGUGUAAACUAGCGUAUAAAUUAAACAAGUAUGGUUUCCUUCAAAGAUUAUGUUUCACUGCUCUAACAUCAAAGAGAUUUAAAAACAGAGACUCUCAUAUUAUCUUUUUGUGUUUGGUUUCUUGCAUUCAUAAUAAGGAUUCGUUCUACGGUUACAAUAUUGUCCGAGAAUUCGUACGUGUCUGUCAAAGGUCCAACUCGUGGAACUUGUUAAAUAUAAUUAUUCAAAGAGCAGAAGAUUUGAGACACAACAGAUUUAUAAUGCGAUUACUUGGAAGAGACGUAUUUUCAUAUUUGCAUAUCAUGCAUGCAAACAACUGUCUUGUUUCGGGAACUUACAAAUAUGCUCUAAACGGUUAUAUGUCUCUCUUUAAAGUAGCACCUAGUGCAUUAUUAGCAUUGUUAAUAGGCGUGACACAAUUACAUAUGGCAUGUCAAAAGAUGUCAGCUAAGAAGAAUCAGCUAGUAAUUCAAGCGCUAGCCUUCUUCAAAAAAUACAUGCAAUUACGUGGUGAAGAAGGUCAACAAGAAACUUACUAUAAUAUGGCACGGGCAUUUCAUCAAAUCGGUUUAUUACCAUCUGCGAUUCACUUCUAUAAGUUGGUCCUGAACGAAAAUCCAGGAGAUUUAGUUAAACAGCAUGCAAAUCUUUUGGAUCUAAGAAAGGAAGCAGCGUUCAAUUUGCAUCUUAUCUAUCUACAAUCCGACAAUCAUCUUCUUGCUAGAAUGUAUCUUGAAAAUUAUAUCACGAGUGAUGGCUAUUGCUUUAGAAGCUAAAAUUGAGUUUAAACAAUUAUGCGAUACAUUGGAAGACGUUGCCAAGACACAUGAUAUAAAAAAGAAAGAACAAAUUUUGCAAACGUUUAUCGAUACUUGUCGAAAUGUUGGCGAUAAAUUGAAAAUAGAAUAUUCCGAAUCGGUACGUAUACUUUAAAGUACGAGGUAGCGGGGCUUUUUCGUCCAUUUCUCACGAUAGUGUCUAUAUUUCUGAACAGCAUAUACUAAACAUUUAAAGGUAUCGUACUUGUGCCCUCAAAAAGCAAUCAUGAUUAGUAUAAAUAAAAUAUAAAUGAUUAGUAUAAAGUAAUUAUAUAAAUACUUAUUGCAAAAAGAUAUUGUUUGCCGUAAAUUUUAUGUCACUUUAAGGAGUGAAACUGACGGAAUAGCCCCGCUCUAUUCUAAACAUUAUGCGUAUGUUGGAUAGAAAUAUUGCGUUUAUAAUUUGUAGACAUAAAAAUGAUUAAAUUUAUUUAUAAGAAACUUCUAAGAAAAUUAUCGAAAAUUCCCCAAUAAACACGCUUUUAUUUUUAAAAAAAUAUAAGAAUUGUUAAAAUCUCUAUUCUAAUCUAACGUAUGACGAUAGAGAGAGAGAGAGAGAGAGA